GUCAGUCGGUGGCUGGGGACGCUGCGGCGAGGGUGGCAGAAGGGGUGUCACGACGGUGCGGGUGACACUUCACCAGUAAUGAUACAAGCCUCCACACCAAAACAUGUCGGACACCUAGACUGGAUAUCAAAAGAGGCCGCUUUCAGGAAAGGUCAAUUCGUCUGAGGGUCAACGCUGCUGCACUGAUGAAAAACUGUCAAUAAGUAAACAGGCCAAGCACAGCUGGUCUGGGGCUGCUGGGAGCUGCAGGCAGGGGAUGGCGUCUGUGGCCAAGGUGCUGGGCGUGACUUGGUUGGCCUGCACCGCCCCUCUCGUCUCUGGCUCUCUAGCACGUGUGUUGGUGACCAGAAUGGGUGUCAGCGAUCAGGCGAGGACUGUGGCAGACUCUCUUGACGCUCUGAAGGAGGCCACGCUGACGGGCUCAACAGUACUCGUCCACCAAGCACUCGGAAAGUCCGACUUAACAUUUCUCAUUGACGCUGUCAGGAAGAAAACGUCCAAUCUGACAGUAUUCCGACACCAAGAGUGGCGCCACGUUUUCUGGUCUCACGGUACAGGGAAGCAGCGUGGUGUGGGGAAUCCAGACAACAUUGUUUUAUUAGGAAUUGUUGAUUUUAUGUACAUGAGGCAGUUGUUAUGCAAAGUACAUGUCUUCGUGAUAUAUAUUUGGUUUGAGUCAUUUGAUAUACGGGUACCAAAGUCAAUGGGUAUUUGAUGUUACGUUUAUUACAGAUGUUAUUUGCACUGACGAGUUAUUCAAUUAUUACUGUUCACUAGAAGCAGAUGGUCAUGUUUAGCUACGGAUCUAAUUUGCCGACUUCCCUUACCUACAUUAGUCUAUCGACCAGAGGCUUCUUACCUUGGAGGCCGGCUACGGAUAUGGGUACGCACAGGCCCGAAACUGGGAUGGGUAACCAUCCAUAAAGAUAGCCUAGAAUUCACGGUGUCUUCCGUGAAAAAUUGUUCUUCUGUUACAUUUGCAAUUGAAUUGUUGUUCACUGCGAAAUGAAAUCAGACAAACAACUCUGGUUCCACUUAGAUCAUUUCUCUCGGAAGUAAUCAGUGCUGUUCAUACUAUUACGUCUUUCGUCCUCUUCCUCAUUAUUCAUGUGCGGGUCUUUACACGCACGUGGGUGACGAGGCCUUCGCUGGUAGGGCUCAGCUCAUCAGCGUGAUGUGAUAGGGAUAUCGACUGUUUAAAUUUUAGACUGAUCUGAAAUUACAUAAAACGAAGAUACAGAGAAACAGGUUUUAAUGUAGAGAUAACUGUAGAUACAUAUAAUGAAAUGUUGAACGCUAAUGAAUACUUUGUUCUUUUGUGACAGUAUUCUCGUAUACUGAGUAUAUUUACAUAAACUCACAAUAAAAGAAUAACAUGAAGAAAACUA